CUUGUCGAUGCCCAAUUGCAUUUCAUUGAGUCUAUUAUUAUCAGUGUACUUGUUUUUAUUUCUAUUUUUCUGUGUUUUUAUUUUGUCUUCGGCUUCGUUGUUCUCGUGGGGGAUACUUUACCAAGUGGUAUCCCUGUGUCGUGAAUUGGCGCUAGUGAGGUGAUGAACAGUGCUAUUGGCUUUGAAGCGGCUCGUGAUCAUGGCUCUGUAUGGUAAGGUACCUUAGGGCAUGCAUAUAGGUGCAGAUUGUUUUGUGCCUUAUUAAUUGCUCUUUUUCCGUGGUUGUUCUUUCUUCACAGUUCAAAUGUAUUACCGAUAUUACCCCGACAAAAAACAAAACCAGAUAACAAAGAUGUAAUUGUAUAACUGCAACAAGAGCAACAACGGGUGAUUGUUC